UAUAAACACAGUAUUUAUACAUGAUUUUCAGUUUUAUAAGUAUAUAGUGUUAUAGGUGUAGUCUAACCAACUGUAUAACAAUUCCUUUUAAAAUUUGCUAUCUUCCACAUUAUAAUCCAUUGUUUUUAUGAUAUAAUAAUUAUUAAAAUAAUUCAUUAACAAUUAAAGAAAAUGUAAAUGAUUAUUAAACAAUUACAUUGAAGUUAAAAUGGGAGGUAAGAGUUCGAAAAACGGAAAAGAGGACAUUUCAGAAGAUACAAUAGACCAGCAAUUAUCAGAACAGGGCGAAAAUAUAGAAUAUGAAAUAGAAAAUAGUAUAUUUGUCAGUGAGACUGAGGAGAAUACAUGCGAAACUAUAGACGUAGAGUCACUUCCAUCCAAUUCUUCCAGUACAUUAAACAGCAAUAGUGAAUCAGAAACUGAUUUGCCACAUACCAGUAACACCAAACGUCAUAGCAUUCAAGUAUUAAAUGAUAUCUACAAAUACACAACAAACGACGAAUUAAUUUACGACUUGAGACAUUUUUAUAAAGCGUAUAUCAAUUUGGAUAAGAAGUUUUCCGUUAGAAAAAGAAAUGGAAAACCUUUACUCCCUCGUAACAAACAAUUAACUGACUAUGAUAUAAAUAACUUUAAACAAGAGCUGGAAGAAUGGAAACAAGAACAAAGAUCCGAAAUAAGUGAAAAAUGGAACAAAAUAAGACACGUUUAUAGACCACCCGGUUUAUUUCCUCCUCCUUCGCCAAGAAACAGUCUGUGGAAAAGACUGAAAUUAAGAGUGAAAGGACAAAUAAUUAAGGCUACGUUAAAUAAUGAAGAUUUGGAACCUCCGAAAUCUGAAAUGAAGUAAUAGCCGCCAUGUUUUUGUAAUUCACAACGUUUUUAAACAUUUGUUUUCCAAGUAUUUUCAAUAAAAUUUCGAUCUACGAAUAACA